AAGUGUCGUUUUUCCUGUGGGUUUUCUUAUCAGCUCUCUCUUUCUCUCUCUCUCUCUCUCUCUCUCUCUAAAAUCUACUUAGAAAAAAUGGCCCAGCGGAUCCGAACUUUCAUCGUUUAUCCUUUAUUUUUUUCAUGAGGAAUCCAGAGUCCUGGAAUGACUGAUUCCUUGAUGGGGUUUUGAGAAGGAGCUGGAAUAGAAACUAUGCAUCAAAUUUCAGAUUUUCUGCAAAUGGGGGCAAACAUCCAGUGCAACAGCUAUUUCCCAGGAUAUUAUGCCUCAGGGAAUCAUAACUUAAUUGCUAAUGACAGUAAAAGGAAGCAUAACUUAUCUACGGACCAUUUCGAGUACUACAAGGAGGCACUAAAGCAGACAAUGCUCAAGCAAGACACAAUAUUUAGGAAUCAGGUUCAGGACCUUCAUCGGCUUUACGGAAGACAAAGGGAAUUAAUGGAUGAAAUAAGAAGGAAUGAAUUCGAGAAACAUCAGCAGAAGAUGGAGGCUUCAUGGUUGACUACUGAUUUGUCUCGGAGCUCAUCUGUUUGUGUUCAAAAGACACUUCACGUUCCUUCCUUGCCUUUGGUAAACCCUGCAUGCAGUCAAAUCUCUGUUUCUGUUGCUGAAAGUUUCCAGUCACCUUCAUGUUUUGUUCGAGGGAGGGACAUACAGACAUGCUCUUAUCCUACUCAAACUGAAGGUCGUUCAGGAGACUCUGAAUCGUUGGAAUCCAAAUGCAACAAAUUUCAGAAGAACUUCUUGGAUCUCGAACUUCCAGCGGAUGCAUACAUUGAUGAUGAAGGAGAAGGAUUCUUAGUAGAUGGAAAGGUUUCUGAAGCACCUCAGGUUUCAAGUUCUCGUUUGAUAAGAUUUCCGGAGGCUGUAUGUAAUGGUGAUGCAAAACAAUUUCUUGGCACUGAUGGAUAUAGUUCUGUUUCGGAAGAUGAUACGUCAACUACUGCAUCAUUACAAAAAGGUUCAGUUGGCUUAAAUUAUCUGCAUAAGCUUGAGAAAGGAACAUCUCCUACAUCAGGCCUUCAGUUUUUAUCUAAGGAAUAUAUCCAAGACACCUGGAAAAGACAGGAUUUUGAAGUUUGCUCAAAUGUCCUACUGCAAGAGAGAAAAAGGAAACAAGAGUUGCCGUCCACUGACGAAGCUGAGAAAAGGAAAAGAACCUUGAAUUCUUUUCCUCCAGGAUCUCAUGCAGAUAAAUUAUGUCCUUCAUCUAGUUUAUUGCAUGAGGAGCUCAAGGCAGCUGAACCUCCAACCCUUCAUCAGAGUAACCAGAAUUCAUGGAGUGGAAGAACAAUUUUCGGUCUACAGAACCCCAGAAGUUAUAGCCAAUCUGGACCAAGCGGAGCUUCUUCCAUGUGCACGCCAUAUGAACAUAUUCCUCAGGGCAAGAUGGAAAAUUCAGGGGCCUCAUGCAGUGCAGCUAUAAGAAAACCUGUACAUGACUUUGCACGGUUCCCAAUGGCAGUUCAAGCACUCCCAUGUUUUAACACCCCCGUACCAUUUGGUACUUGUUCUAAAUCAUCAACGGUAAGGCCUGGGAUCAAUGGUGACAGGCUACAGUUGAAAAAUGAUUUGAGAUCUAGCACAAAACAUGGUAGUGCCUUCUUUCUUGAUGAUAACUUUAGCAAUGGCUCCCAGUUGGAAUCCAAGAAUUCACAGCCACACAUCAGUUUUGAUAAUCUGAUCCGGACCAGUGACAAUUUAGUGAUUGAACUGCCUGGAGUAAAAAAAGAUGUGAUGGAUUCCGCAAAUAUCAAGUCUUAAGGAUAUUAACUUGAAUUGUGUGCCUACUGGCUGUUCUCUGGAUGCGGCAGUUUCUCAGUGUUUCCAAGCCACAACCGGAUCAGAAAAACUUGAAGCUUCUUGUGAGAGCUUGCCUUGGCAUAGGCGAAAGCUUAAUGGCAAAACUGACAAAGGAUGUGAAGAUUCAACCCAGGCGGGGGCAAGUGAUUUCUCAAGUAAAAUAAUUCGUGAGUCUACUGGCCACCCCUCCAAUUCCAUUCUGAACCCACCUGAAGAAGUCAAGAAAAGAAGAAAAGUGGUGGUACUUGAUUUAAACGCUGAUUGUGAUUCAGUGCUUGAUGCAGAAAUAGAACUUACAGGUCAGGUAGUAGAGAAUGAAUUUGAUAGGAAAGAUUUUGGAUUUCAAAUUGCCCUGAACUCGUCCACAACUGGAGAUGGGUUUUCACCAGCAAACUCUCUCUCAACUGGAAUUCUUUUGGAGGCACCUGCUAGUCCAGAAAACAAGGAGUGUUCUCCACCAAGAGGAGAAUCGGACGAAAAUCAAGUUGAGACACCUUUUCUAUUGCCAGGACAGGAUGAUCCGGAAAACAAUGAGUUUUCUCCGCCGAUAAUACAAUUUGAUGAAAACCAAGUUGUCAGGAAUGCAGCAGAAUCUUUGGUUUCCAUUUCAUCAUUUGACCUUCGUAGUUGUAUCAUAAGGACCACGGACAAGCCACUUAAAAAUUCAUGUGCCUCCCUAUGUUGGUUUGCUGGGAUAGCAUCUUCAGUUGUAGGUGGUCAAGAGAACGAGGGUAGAGUGGUUAUCAGCGAGGAGCUUCUACCAGAUGGAAUGGACUACUUUGAGGUCAUGACCUUGAGUUUAACUGAGACAAAAGUGGAAGAGUGCUGCUGCUGCUGUAGAAGUAGUGGCCACAAAAAGGAAGAGCCGGGUACCACUUCAUUACCAAAUCAGCCAAGGAAAGGCCGGAAGAGGGGAAGGCAGCGGAAGGAUUUCCAGAGUGAAAUUCUCCCAAACCUUGCUUCUUUGUCAAGGCAUGAGGUGACCGAAGAUCUUCAGACAAUAGAAAAGUUAAUUGAGUCUUCUGGUACAACAAGGUCGGUUAGAUGCGCAACUAAACUUGGGUUGGCGAGGGGGAGGAAAAGGUCCAGCAUUUCUCCGUCCACUGUAACCGAGAAUAGUUUGGAAUCACUGUUGACGCAGAUUGGUGCCAAAAGUCAGUUCGGAAAAGGGGAGAGAAGUAUGAUUUGUUGGGGACAGGUAACUAGGCGGCAUAGAGGGCAGAGAUAUCCAGUUAGCAAGCCUUGGCUUAUUUCAGGCCAAGCAUGGCAAGAGUGACGGUAAACCGUCUGUUUUUAUGCUCAUUUGGUGAUGUUUUUGUGAAUCAAAUAGCUUGUUUUGUAAGUAUUCUCCAGACCAUAGUUCAUACAUGUGGAUAUAUAUAUAUAUAUAUAUAUUUGGGGUGGAGAAGAAAAGAACCCAUAUUGCAGAAUGAAAAUUUCUCUUUUUAAA